UCCGCGCGCGCGCACGAGCCCUCCUCCCGCGAACGCGCUGUGCUGCCCCAGGCCCCGCAGCCGAGCGCCGAGCGGCCGAUCCGUCACUCACUCCCGCAGCCCGCGCUCGCGUCGCUCGUGGCUCCACCCGCCAUUGUUAACCCAUAACUCGCUAUGGAGCAUGCCUUUACCCCGCUGGAGCCCCUGCUACCCACGGGAAAUUUGAAAUACUGCCUUGUGGUUCUUAAUCAGCCUUUGGACACACGCUUUCGUCAUCUUUGGAAAAAAGCGCUCUUCAGAGCCUGUGCUGAUGGAGGUGCCAACCGCUUAUAUGACCUCACCGAAGGGGAGAGAGAAAGCUUUUUGCCUGAAUUCAUCAGUGGGGACUUUGAUUCUAUUAGGCCUGAAGUCAGAGAGUACUACACCGAGAAGGGCUGUGAUCUUAUUUCAACUCCUGACCAAGACCACACUGAUUUCACCAAGUGUCUUAAAGUGCUCCAAAGGAAGAUGGAAGAAAAAGAGCUGCAGGUUGACAUGAUCGUGACCCUGGGAGGACUUGGUGGGCGUUUUGACCAGAUCAUGGCAUCUGUGAAUACCCUUUUCCAAGCCACUCACAUCACUCCUUUGCCAAUUAUAAUAAUCCAAGAGGAAUCUCUCAUCUACCUCCUCCAACCAGGCAGGCACAGGCUCCAUGUAGACACUGGGAUGGAAGGCAGCUGGUGUGGCCUUAUUCCUGUUGGACAGCAUUGCAACCAGGUGACGACAACGGGCCUGAAAUGGAACCUCACAAAUGAUGUGCUUGCCUUUGGAACACUGGUCAGUACUUCUAACACCUAUGAUGGGUCUGGGGUCGUGACUGUGGAAACUGAUCACCCGCUUCUCUGGACCAUGGCCAUCAAAAGCUAACCUAGAGUGUGGUGUCCAUCAUGUGCCUCUGCCUUCGCUCAUCUGCCCAGUGGCUCCUGCUCACCAUGAACAAUCACCUAGGUGUGCAGAAAUCUAAACUUCUCCAUAGGAAGCCCUGGGCUUUCAAGAUGUUGGGGAUUAGGGUACAGCUGAGGAGAGGAGCACUUGCUACACAGGGGCAAGGUUCGACCCUGAACACCACAAAAUUGAGAUGUUGGUGUUUAAACAUUCUAGUCAUGCUGUAAAUGAUAUCUCAAAUUUAUACUGAGGGAAAAUUAUGUUCCAUCAAAGUAAAUAAGCUUUAUUAUACUCUAUUGAAAAGGCUAAUGUAGAUCGUUACAUUAUAUAAUUCAGUUCUGAUCAUUGUAAUUAAUAAGUCCAUUUACCUUAAAAUUCUUUUUUAAAUUCGAAGCACCAAAAACUGUUGUCAGUGUUGCCUUGGAGUCUAGCACUUCCUUAAAUGCCUGCCAACAAGGGCUGCCUACCUCUGAGUAUCUCCUCCUAGCAUUGGAUUCCUCUCUAUAAUGUAUAUUAUCUUCCAGAGUGCUGUAAUAAAAUGGCACCAUUUCACUUUGACAUGAUAUUUUAAAAGAUAAGAAUCAUUGACUUAAUUCUUAGAUUUGAAAGCAAGCAGUUACAUGGGCUAUGGGUAAAUGAGAAGUGGUAAUUCAUGAUUCCCUCAUACAUUAACCCCUCAAAACUUAAAAGUAAUCACUCUGAGCUUUAGAAAUGCAGAGAUCCCUAUGAAAAUCAUGACAAACUCAAGAGGUUUGUGUAGAGGAUUCUUAAUCCUAAAAAUUCAGUCACUUUUAACAUGCCUCACACUAAAAAAAUGAACUAUUAAUUAAUGGACCAUACAUUUCCUGACAUCAGCAGAAAAUCAGUGUACCUAUGGAGAUAAAUGAACACAGCCUGCUGAGGAAGUCAUCCAAUGUGCUGAUAUUGUGUUUCCCCAAAAAUAUUGUGCACCCUAAUAAACUUAUCUGGGAUCAGAGAACAGAACAGCCA